GCAAGUUCCUGGUCCCAGCGUCAUCUCCACUCUGUCUCCCGCUGCUUCCGGACAGGAAAAAGCCCCCUAAGCAUUCUGUCCACUUUGGGGUCAAUAAGUUGGUUAAAGUUAUAAUUGUAUGAUGCACUCCAAGGACCAUCAACCUGGAAAGUGCAUCCAUUAAAAAUUUGAGGGUAUGUGCCGGGGGCAAUAUACAUUCAAAAUCCAAUACUACUCACCAUGUAUUAACGCUUUAAAAAUCAUAAACAGUUCAUAUUCAUCUUAAUUUGGUCUAACAGUUGAAAGAGGAGAUUCUUCUGAAUGAGUACAGCAACUCCUCUACUUUCCAAAUUAAAGGCUGAGAAAAACAGCCGUUUGAACCCUCCUUGCUGUAACGUUAAGUGCUCCUUAUCGGUUAGAUGUGUUUCCUGCAACAAGACUAUAUCGACCCUUUCUCUCCUAAGGUUUCAAAGUAUCUUUUUCCUCUUAAUUGGUGAAUGACUCCCCUUAAUGUUCCAAGUGCACCAUUUAAAUGAAUGGUUAGCCAUAGCUGUCCGAGACAUCUGUGACCCCCCAGGAGGAAGAACCCCACUCAGUGCACUGAGUGGAAACAGUAAACAGUUCAUAUAAAUUUAAAAAUACAACUGCCAAAACUACCCAAUCAAAACAUCUAACAACUACUUCUAUAACACACCAACAUAUAAUACAAAUGAAAGGAGACUUUCCCCCUUUCCCACAGGGGGCGCUCAUACUACCCAUUAACCCCUCCAUGGCUCCUUCUACCUGAAGCUGUGCUCCAGCCCCAGACAACACAGAGAAAGAAAAAGUUACAUGCAUCUUAUUAGAAGAAAGUUAAAAAUGGGCAUUCAACCUGUCCUACCCAUACUUUAAUCCGAGGCAGUCCUGGCAGAGAAACUGCUACCAAUCCCCUCCAUCCCAUACCAAGGGAGAGAAAUGAAAAGGAAAUGAUGAGGCAAAAAAAGAAGGAUAACAGGAAGGGAGAGAGAAGAGGAAGAAAAAGAAAAUACAAUUAGGCCUCCCAUAUAUAUUAAAAGAAACACCAACAACCAGGUAAACCAGACAAACUACAAAGUAAACAUUAUUGCCCAUAUUAUUCGAGCCAGCCAGUCUAUUUUAAAAUAUUCAGGAAGUCCUUUGCCAUUUCCGGUGAAGCAAAAUUGAACGUGGAUCCUCCGUGACUGAAAAGUAAUAAUGCUGGAUAUCUUAUAGAGUACUGGAUAUUCAAGUCCCACAGCCGUCUUUUUACCUCAUCAAACGCCUUCCCUCUUGUGAAUCACGACAAGAGAAAACUUUUGCAAAAGGAUAAUUCAUGACCCUUUGUGUAUAAGUGCUGUGGAUCCUUCCCUAGUGUUCUCGGGGCUUCCAGCAUCAUUUGUUUAUCUCUAUAAUGCUGGAUUCGUCCCGGGUGGGGGUGCUGGUCCAAUCCGGGCCUGCGCACUGCGACCCGGUGGGCCCACUCGACCUGCACCCACCCUACCUCGACGUCCAGCUUCAAAACCUGCAGGAGCCUCCUCCCGUUCCGGCAGCCCCACCAGCCGGAUGUUCUUCCGACAGCCUCGAUUUUCAAGGUCAUCGACAUGCUCUUCCAAAACCUGUACCUAUCUUUCCAAGGCUUGGACCAGACCCCCAAGGAUUCUGCCGUGGUUUCAAAAGCCACGGUCAGCUGCCUCACCUCCAUAACAUACUGCCCGAGACACUAAAUCUCCUGGUCAUGCUUUGGCAGCUUGACCGAGAUCAGAUUGAGCAUGGUCCAGGUCUCCGCCAUUGCUGAAUCGAUCUUCUCUCAGUGUUUAAAAACUCUGAGACCAGGCUCUGCUCCAUAGGUAAGUCUCCUGGGGCGAUUGCGGACCUGACACUGGGGAAUUUUGUAGAAAACAUUUAUAUUGCAGAUUUUAACAAUCUCAGUACACCCCAAAGUAUUCUACAGCUAACAAAUUACAUUCAGCACAACAUUUUUUAGAUCAGAGUGGUGCUGGGAAAGCACAGCAGGUCAGGCAGCAUCUGAGGAGCAGGAAAAUCGACGUUUCAGGCAAAAUCUCUUCAUCAGGAAUAGAGGCAGGAAGCCUCCAGGGUGGAGAGAUAAAUUCAACCCAACAGAUGACUCAAAGCUGAAGUGUAAAUGAGGUUCCAGUAGCUAUUUAACAAUUUGAUAAUUGUGUAGUUUAAUACCAAAAUUACAGGAUUUCUUAACAGACACAGAACCUUUCCAAUGAAUUUUAGAAAGUUGAUUCUGAAGUGUAGAAGGUCUGACAAUUGCAUUAUGUGCUUUAAUCUGUUUCUUUUAUUUUUCAUUUUCUCAAACGGCAAAAUCUUGAAAUGCUGUUUAAAAUGCAAAGUGAAGUCCGAUAGCAUCUCGUACAAUUGCAUCUCAGUAACUGAAGACAUUUUACCAAACCAUCAGAAAUCUUAUCAUCAACUCUAUAGUUGUUUAACUUGAGAUGUUAGAUUUAUAAACACCAAUUUCGACAUCUUCAAAUACAAAGUGCACAUCUGCAGUGAAAUCACACUCUGAAGCUAUGAUUUGCUUUUUGCAUUGUUUAAUUUGCUUUGGCAGGCAUAACAUGGGGACUAGUGCCACACCCCCUGAGGCACUAUACAUGAGUUAAUAGCUACUUCUAAUGAGAUGUUUCCUCUGUUACACAAAGCCUUGAUAAGACAAACUGUGUUUCAAAUUGCAAAAUAUAAGAUACCAUGCUUUGUCUCAAGUUUAAAAUCACACCACACCGGGGUUAUAGUCCAACAGGUUUAUUUGGAAGCACUAGCUUUCAGAGCGCUGCUCCUUCAUCAGGUGGUUAUGGAGUAUUGAAGAUUUUCACGCCAUAAAAACUGACUUAAAUGCUCCCAUAGGCAAGCACGAGCCUCUGAAAUGCAGAUAGUAAAGGUUUAAAGUUCACGUUUUAACAGGUACAUAAUGCACAGAUGUGUUGGUAUUUUCUUUGGACUUUGAGUUCUGACAAAAUGCAGGGGGCUGUGGUGGGGAAAUGAAUGUUGCGAGAUCCAGGAAAAAGAUGGAUUUGAAAACUAACCUUGGCACAGCGAUUGUUUGUUGCUGGAUGUGGCUGGGUCUAGUUCACUCAGAUGGCAGGGUGUGUUUAGAAGCCAAUGCAGAAUCAUGUGAGGAAUGUAUACAAGCUGGACAAAAUUGCGGAUGGUGUUCACAAGCUGAAUUCUUGAGGCAUGGGGUACUACCAAUGGCACGCUGUGAUGAUAUUGAAUCAUUAAAAAGAAGAGGAUGUCCAAUGGAACAUAUUGAAAAUCCUAAAGGUUCUGUGAGAAUUAUUAGUGAUAAAAAUCUGACUGGUGUGGAAAAUGGGAAGAAAGUGAAUUCCGAGGAUGUAAGCCAGAUUCAAACACAGAAGCUUAUUGUGAAAUUACGACCAGGUGAGCCUCAAACCUUCUCACUGCAGUUUCAGAGAGCUGAAGACUAUCCCAUUGAUCUUUACUACCUUGUGGACCUCUCCCUUUCUCAGCAGGAUGACUUAGAAAACAUGAAAAGGCUAGGAAUUGAGCUGGAGAGAAAAUUGCAGAAGACAACUACUGAUUUCAGGAUUGGGCUUGGUAUCUUGCAGAAAAAUUCUUGUACAGCUGGAGAAAUCUGUGGAAGUCAAUUCAGUUUCAAGAAUGUUCUAUCACUGACCUCUGAUGGGGCUAGAUUCAAUACACUCCUCAACAGUCAGACUUUCACUGCAAGUCAGAAUUCUUCAGAAGAUGGUACUGAUGCUAUAAUGCAAGCUGUGGUCUGUGGGGAUACAACUGGUUGGAGGUCUGUCACAAAAAUGCUUGUCUAUUACACUAAUACAGGACUCCAUUUUGCUAGAGAUGGUAAAGGCAGCGGUUUGUUGCCCAAUGAUGGUAAAUGCCACAUUGAUAGUCAAGGUGUAUAUACAUUGAAUCAUCAUCAUGAUCAUCCAUCCAUUUCUCAGUUGGCACAAAAGCUUGCGGACAAUAACAUCCAUCUUUUUUUUGCUGUUAACGAAGAGUUCAAAGACAUUUACAAGAUGUUUCACGAUUCAAUUCCAAAAUCUGAAGUGGGCAUUCUGACACCGAAUUCUAGUGACGUAAUCAAGUUAAUCCUUGACGCUUAUCAUGCUUUAUCUUUUGCUGUGAUCUUGGAGAACAGCUCAUUGCCAGAAGGAGUGACAAUGCAUUCUACAGUCUACUGUAAUAACAAUACUGUUCAUACAGAGGAAGACAGCUCCAAGUGUUCAGGGAUUCACACUGGUGACAAGGUGAAAUUUGACAUACAUAUUACAGCAAAGAAAUGCCCAAAAAAUGAGCAGGAAGCAACUAUUCAGCUCAAGCCAACGGGUUUUAAUGAGAAAGUGGAAAUCACUUUGAAGUUUUUAUGUGAAUGUGAGUGCCAUAAACAAGAAAUCACAAAACGCCCAGAUUGCAAUGAGGGGAAUGGAAAAAUAGAGUGUGGAGUAUGCAAAUGCAAUGAAGGACGCAUUGGUCGAUUUUGUGAAUGCAACAUUGAUGAAAUAUAUCGUGAGGAUAUGCUUGCCUCCUGUAGAAAAGAUAAUGCAUCUCUAGUUUGCAGUGGUAAUGGAGAUUGUAUCUGUGGGGAAUGUGAAUGCAAAAAGAGGGAAAAUCCCAAUGAAUACAUCUCAGGCAAAUAUUGCGAAUGUGAUAACUUCAGUUGUGACCGAUUCAAUGGAUUGCUCUGUGGAGGAAAUGGCAUUUGCCAUUGUGGAAAAUGCGAGUGCCUACCUACUUUUACAGGCAGUGCCUGUCAUUGUUCAAUAGAUAUGGAUUCAUGUAAAUCACCGAAUGGACGGAUAUGUAAUAACAAAGGAAUAUGUGAAUGUGGUCAGUGUAGAUGCACAGAGGGGUUCACAGGACCAACAUGUGAGCACUGUCCAACUUGUUCUGGUGUCUGUACGGACCUUAAGGACUGUGUCCUGUGUAAAGCCUUUAAAAAAGGACCCAAGAAAGAAAUCUGUGAUCAGUGUGGGUUUGAAGUAACUCUCGUGGAUCGUCCAGAUGAGUUGCCACAAUCGCUUUGCCGGUUUAUGGACCCAGACAUCGGCAACUUCUGCUUUUCAUAUUUUUUUAACAACCAGAAUGUUCCAGAAGUUCAUGUUGUUAAAAUCCCAGUUUGGUGCUAAAUCUGGUCCACAAGAACAAUGAGCUGAGCUGAGCUGAGUUGAGAUGCCUCUGAUUUGAAACUGAGAAUCCUGAAUCAUUUCUCUAUCAAUCUCUGAAUCAAGACUUCAUGAAGAGGAUAUUCGUUGCACAAAGACCUGCGAUGGAAUCACAUAUUUCUAUUAGUGUGUACUGUGUGUGCAGCAGUCAUUGUAAUGCAGUUUACGUAAGAUAAAGACUUAAAACUGUAUACAUGUAAUCCACAUGACUUUUAAACUAUUUCUAAAAGGUAUUGCAUGAUAGAAAUUCUGCAUCAAAUAUAGAUGCCAUUUACAAAUUAAAAUUUAUAGCAGAAGUAUUAUUAUGUUGAAUGAUUAUAGCUAUACUCUUGAACAAUAAAAUAAUUUAU